CCAGACAUGUCUGCAAUGCACCAUGACACGUCUUCAGAUCUAAGAGUGGUUGGGAGCAAAUUGAAGGAUGUCUUAGAGAUAUCUAAUACCUCCCUGAAAAUGAAAAUGAGAAGAGUCAUUGUGGAGGUCUGCGACAUUGUUGCUACACGAGGAGCCCGUCUCUCUGCUGCUGGGAUCUUUGGCAUCCUGAAGAAAUUGGGAAGAGACACGAUGAGGGAUGGGGAGAAGCAGAAGGGGGUGAUAGCCAUGGAUGGGGGGUUGUAUGAACACUACUCUAAAUUCAGCAGCUGUAUGGAGAGUACACUCAAGGAGUUGUUGGGGGAGGAGGUCGAUAUGUCACUUUACGUUAGUCGCAACUACUGA